AUGUACAAAGGUCCCUAUAAAUUACGAGCUGUUGGAUAUCAAACUGAUGAUUAUUUCGUGCGUUUUCAUAAUUAUUGUUGGAAUGUCAAGUGUCCACGGCCGGGAGCAUCGGUGGAUUUCUUAAAGCUUACAUUACAACUCAUGAACUCAACUAUGGAGAUAGUGCCAAUCGAUUCAGAUGUUGAUGCAACUAUCAAGAUGAUAGCCAAUGGUACAGCUGACAUUAGCUUAGAAGAUUUGCGUAUGACAACAGCCAGAUUAGAUGUAGUGGACUUCACCUAUCCUACUAACUUCAUUCAUUUCGGUUAUUUGUUAAGAGAAGUGCCUGAACUAGAAGUGGAAGAUUAUAUUUUAGCUUCAUUUGAUUGGAGUGUUGUUGUGCUUCUGGUGACGUUUGGAAUUACCGUUGGACUUUUGGCAUAUUUUUAUUCAAGACUCAUUUUGCGUACAAAACAAUCAUGUUUUCAAUGGAUUUUUCGGGGAUGUGUCAGUAUGCGAAAAAAGUUAAAUUUUUAUUUCAUUCAUGUUGUUAUGACUUUUCAGUUUUGUUGGGAUGCUGGAUAUUCUGUUAGCUUUCUCACUCUAUCACAUGCUAGAGGGACAAUUUUUCGAGAUCUGAAUGGUGUUUUGGAUGCUGUCGAGAAUAAGGAAUGGAUUAUGGUUAUACAGGAGAGAGGCUAUGAUCCAGCUGAGUAUGCCAAUGCUGAACAGCUUAAGCGGUUAAAAAACAUUCCAAAAGAUCGAAUCUUGAGAGUUGGCUCUAACGAUGAUUAUCUGACCAUCGUUUCGCAAGAAAAACAUGUCGGCUUCGGAGCAUAUACGAAUGACAUGGAAAAAUAUCCUAUCGUGAACAUUGAUUUUCGAAUAAAACUUCUGUUUGUACGAGAUGAAGUGAUUGCUCCAGAAUAUAUGGCUUUUGCUAUAAGGAAGAACUCUUCCGAUCUUCGCGAACGUCUUAACAGAGCUUUAGCAGAAAGUACUUUAGGAUACAAUAACAUUAGAGGAAGGUAUUAUGGUCCAUUUUUGGAAUAUACAAAUCAUCACUAUCAGCCAACACGUAACUUAACACUCACACACUUCAAAGUCUUAUUCAAAUUCUGGAUGAUCUUUGUGGUUAUAGCCAUAGCCCUACUUGUCUUCGAGAAUGUCUAUGCACGUGUCAAAUGUAAAUACCUCCACUAUAAGCUAUAUAUUAAUCCAAAUAAUCAUUUUAUUCGCACGAAUCUCAUCAUUUUGCCAAUCAGACGAUCAUCCAGCCCCAUCAAUGAACUCUACGGUCGUUUUCAUAUCACAAAUUAA